AUGACUGUUACGAAUAUACAUGAUAAGGAAGCUGCAGUGAGGCGGCGCAAAAAAGAUCAUAUAGACAUUUGCAUUAAUAAAAAUGUUGAGCCGUACAAGAAUGGUCCAUCUAUAUGGAGUAGGUACAGGAUUCCAUACACUGCUCUUCCAGAAAUUGAUAUGGCAAAGAUUGAUACACGUUGUAAUUUUAUGGGUUGGACUCUUUCAUUUCCUUUGAUAAUAUCAUCAAUGACUGGUGGUGAAGAGUAUGGACGCAUUAUCAAUGAAAAUUUGGCAAAGGCUUGUGAAGCAGAAGGAAUCCCUUUUGGAGUUGGUAGUAUGAGAAUUGUAAAUCGAUAUGCCACAGCUGUUUAUACAUUUGAUGUAAAGAAGUAUUGUCCUUCUGUUCCUAUGUUUGCUAAUAUUGGUCUUGUGCAAUUAAAUUAUGGUUUUGGAGCAAAGGAAGUAAACAAUUUAAUACGAUGUGUAAAUGCUGAUGGUCUUUUUAUUCAUCUCAAUCAUACACAAGAAGCCUGUCAACCUGAGGGUGAUACAAAUUUUGAAUCCUUACUUGUAAAGUUGGAAUCCCUUUUGCCAGAAAUUAAAGUUCCUGUCAUUAUUAAAGGAGUUGGACAUGGAAUUGAUCGUGAAAGUGUUAUUGCAUUAAAAAAACUGGGAGUAAAAUAUAUAGAUGUUUCUGGUUGUGGAGGAACAUCAUGGGCAUGGAUUGAGGGAAGACGUCAACCAACUGUGAAUGAGGAGGAAAAUAUAGGUUACAUUUUCCGUGAUGUUGGGGUCACUACAGACCAAUGUCUACAGGAAUGUGUUUCUCUCACUAAAGAAGGGGAAUUACAUUUAAUAGCGGGUGGGGGUAUUCGUAAUGGUCUUGAUAUGGCAAAGGCGCUUAUUAUGGGGGCAGAGUGUACAACGGCGGCUAUGCCUUUUCUUAAAGCUGCCCUAGAAAGUCCUGAAGAGGUGCGUAAGGUCAUUCAAAGGUUUAAGAAGGAAUUUAUUGUUGCCAUGUUUGCGUGUGGUGCAAAAAAUAUCAAUGAAUUGAGAUCAAAGAAGAUAGGUCUGUGUACAUCAUUGUAA